AAUUUAUUAAUACUUAUUUAAUAAACACUUGACAAUAUGCAGGCAGCUGCAGUAAAUGAAAUGCAAAAGAACUGGACGGAGGAGGAGCGUCUGGAGCUAGCUGCGCAACUAGAUGCAGAGCUUGAUGCCUUUAUCGAUGGCUUGGAAAAGAAACGCUAUGAAGAGGGCUGGCCUGAGGAUCGCUGGCAGGAGGAGAUGGACAAGCAUCCAUUCUUUAUGAAAAAAGCGCCACAGCCUGGAGACGAAGUGCAUCCGAUGUUUGAAGGCUUGCAAAAGCUUAAGUACGAUCCGGAAGAAAACACGCGCGAAGAGCUGGCACUCAACUAUAAAGAGGAUGGCAACUUUUAUAUGAAGCACAAAAAGUUUCGCAUGGCUGUGUAUUCCUUUAGCGAAGGCAUCAAAACUAAGGUCGAGAAUCAGGAUGUGCUGGCCGUGCUCUACAACAAUCGUUCUGCGGCGCAUUAUUUUAUUAAAAACUAUCGCUCCGCCUUGAACGAUGCACAGCGUGCAUUGUUUAACAAGCCAGAUUACACCAAGGCACGCUGGCGGGCAGCGCAGUGCGCCUACGAGCUGGACAAAUACGAUGUGUGCACACAGCUGUGUGAGGAGCUGCUCGAGGUGGAUAUCGAUCAUAAGGAGGCCAAAGCUCUGUUGCAUAAGAAUAAAAUGAAGAAGUUGGAAACGGAACGCAAUCAGCGAAAGGAGGCGGCCGAGUCAAAGCGCCGCCUGACGCGUUUUCAUAAGCUGACUGAAGCACUGCAGCAGCGCUCUGUUAAAUUUGAUGAUCAGAAAUUGAACAAAAAGUUAAACAUUAGUGAAGAACUGCUGCUGCCCAAGUUCUUGCCACUGGAAGACUUUCCUGUGCAUUUGGAUGAUGACGGCAGCACCUUAAUUUGGCCAGCUGCGUUUUCAUAUCCCGAAUUUCUGCUUAGCGACUUUCAGCAGCAACUGCCGGAGACAGCUACCAUGACAGAUUGUUUAAAUACGCUCUUUGCUGAACCCUUGCCCUGCGAUCGAACAGGAAGCUAUCGUCUGAGCAAUGUUCAUGUGUAUUAUGAGAACCGUAAGGUUGGAUGUGUGCACAAAAUAGACCUGACAAAAUCGCUGCGCGAGAUUAUUGAUGAGAAGGGCUUCUUUGUGUCUGGCGGCGCAUUGCUGUUCUAUAUUGUGCCCAAGGAUACGCGCAUUGAACAGGAGUUUAUACAUCAACAGCGAAGACCGCUCGUCUAUAGUUGAAGUAGACAAAAAAUA